AUGCCGACAGAAAUUGUUGCUCCGUCACCCGAGUCGAGCUGCUCCUUUGUUUUGACUACUGCAGCCUUCUUCCAGUUCUUGUUGCCAUUGAGAAGGGGCCCUCAAGCACAGACUCGACGAUCGUACUGCUUCGUACUGCUCAGCGGAUUUCCCGGUGUGGGUAAGAAGACGGUAGCCCAAAGCCUGCUUCGAUCGUUUCCCGAAGCGAGGCUUAUCGAUAAUCACCUUUUGAUAGAUGCUACUGCUGCAGUGUUGGAUAGGGAAGACGAGGCGUAUCAACCACUUCGUAAGGCAUUUAGAUCUGCUUUAUUUUCGACACUCUCUUCCUACCCUUCCUCCAUUCCACCGAUACUACUAUUCACCGAGUGUCAGUCAACCAAGUCAGGAGCUCAAGUGAUGAACGAGUGCCUCGAGUUCGCCAGCAGCACGCAGUCGAGGUUAAUAUCUAUCAUACUUGAAUGUUCAAUGGCUGAGAAUGUCAAGCGGCUGAUUGCGGAAGAUCGCAUGAAAGCAGGAAGCACCAAGUUGACGGAUAUUGAACUGUUGAAAUAUAUGAAGGACAAUUAUUCUAUUCAUCGAUAUGGAGACAGAGCGGAUAAGGACUGGGUAAUAGAUACGAGUGGGGAGAGUGUGGAAGAUGUGGUAAACGAUAUUAGGAUGAAAUUGAUCAGCGUAACCGAUACUACAUAA